AUGUUGACCACAGCAGUGGCUGACCUGGGCAUGCUGCCCUGGUCCAUGGCUGUGACGGCCAGCAGGUGAAAGGAGGCUCUCUCUCUGUCCAGCCUGUCUAUCAGGGAGACGACACCUCGGACUGAGUCCACCAGGAACUGACUCCCCUGAGACAGCUGGUAGCGCACCUGUCCAUUUAGAGUUCAGAGUUCUUAUGUUUACAAAAACAUAAAAUGUGUCUUCCCAGACAGACAUUUCAGAACAUUAAAAACAAAAACAAAUACAAUACAUGACCAGAAGUAUGUGGACACCUGCUCUCGUCGAACAUCUCACUCCAAAAUCAUGGGCAUUAAUAUGGAGUUGGUCCCCCCUUUUCUGCUAUAACAGCCUCCACUCUUCUGGGAAGGCUUUUCACUAGAUGCUGGAACAUUGCUGUGGAGACUUGCUUCCAUUCAGCCACAAGAGCAUUAUUGAGGUUGGGCACUGAUGUUGGGCGAUUAGGCCUGGCUCGCAGUCGGCGUUCCAAUUCAUCCCAAAGGUGUUCGAUGUGGUUGAGGUCAGGGCUCUGUGCAGGCCAGUCAAGUUCUUCCACACCGAUCUCGACAAACCAUUUCUGUAUGGACCUCACUUUGUGCACAGGGGCAUUGUCAUGCUGAAACAGGAAAGGGCCUUCCCCAAACUGUUGACACAAAGUUGGAAGCACAGAAUAGUCUAGAAUGUCAUUGUAUGCUGUAGCGUUAAGAUUUCCCUUCACUGGAACUAAGGGGUCAAGCCCGAACCAUGAAAAACAAUCCGCCAAACCCAGAUUUGUCCGUCGGACUGCCAGAUGGUGAAGCGUGAUUCAUCACUCCAGAGAAUGCAUUUCCACUACUCCAGGGUCUAAUGGCGGCGAGCUUUACACCACUCCAGCCGACGCUUGGCAUUGCGCAUGGUGAUCUUAGGCUUGUGUGCGGCUGCUCGGCCAUGGAAACCCAUUUCAUGAAGCUCCCGACCAACAGUUCUUGUGCUGACGUUGCUUCCAGAGGCAGUUUGGAACAGACGAUUUUCAGCACUCGGUGGUCCCGUUCUGUGAGCUUGUGUGGCCUACCACUUCGCGGCUGAGAUGUUGUUGCUCCUAGAUGUUUUCACUUGCCAAUAGCAGCACUUACAGUUCACCGGGGCAGCUCUAGCAGGGCAGAAAUUUGACAAACUGACUUGUUGAAAAACAUGGCAUCCUAUGACAGUGCAACGUCGAUAGUCACGGAGCUCAUCAGUGAGGCCAUUUCUUAAUUUUUUAAUUUUUUCUCCCAAAUUUUGUGAUUACGAUCUUGUCUCAUCGCUGCAACUCCUCAAUGGGCUCGGGAGAGGCGAAGGUCGAGUCAUGUAUCCUCUGAAACAUGACCCGACAAGCCGCGCUUCUUAACACCCGCUCACUUAACCUGGAAGCCAGCUGCACCAAUGUGUCGGAGGAAACGCUGUUCAACUGACGACCGAAGUCAGCCUGCAGGUGCCUGACCCGCCACAAAGAGUCGCUAGAGCGCGAUGAGCCAAAUAAAGCCCCCACGGCCAAACCCUCCCCUAACCCGGACGACGCUAGGCCAAUUGUGCGCCACCCUAUGGGACUCCUGGAUCGAACCCCAGGCUGUAGUGACCCCGCAACACUGCGAUGCAGUGCCUUAGACCGCUGCGCCACUCGGGAGGCCUCAGUGAGGCCAUUCUACUGCCAAUGUUUGUCUAUGGAGAUUGCAUGGCUGCGUGCUCGAUUUUAUACACCUGUCAGCAACGGGUGUGGCUGAAAUAGCCUAAUCCACUAUUUUGAAGGGGUGUCCACAUACUUUUGGAUAUAUAGUGUACAUUAAAUGUCAUCCUAAUGUCUCUUGUCUGACCCCGGGACAUCUUAUUACUGCACCUGUCCAUUAGACCAAUUGUUUUUAUUCUGACCCUGGGACAGCUCAUAGUACCACACCUGUCCGUUAAAGCCAAUGUCCCCAUCCAGAGCACGGAGCUGCAACAGGCUGGUUCCUCUGGGGGUGUCCUCUCUGACUGCCAGGCUGUAGUAGUUGUGUGUGAACUCUGGGUUGUGAUCGUUGACGUCCUCUACAUGCACUGUGAGGGCCACAGAGGAGGCCAGCGGAGGAGUGCCUCUGUCUGUGGCUGUCACAGUGACAGUCAGCGUAUCCAACUGAAUUUACAUGACAUUUACAUUUCAGUCAUUUAGCAGAUCAUUAAGUUAAAGAGGAAGUUGAGUAUUUUACUUAUUUAAUGUGAGAUGGUUCCUCACCCUGAGAGCUGGUUUUCUUUAAACAGCCAGUUUAAACUUCAGCUAACUUUAGCUAGCUAAAAAUAUGUGGGAGUGAUAGGGGCAUGGGGCACACAGGAGACGAAAUCACCUUUAAGUAACAUCAAACCAAGUAAUUGAGUUGAUUUUAGUAGAUUUCAGUGCCUUCCCCUAUCACUUCCAUUGAUUUUUAGCUAGUGAUCGCUAAAGUUAGCUGAAGUUUGUAAUGGCCUUUUAAAGAAAACCGAACCAUGGAUUAGAGUUUCUCCUGACCCAUAAACUAUUUUCAGGGUGAGGAACCAUCAAAAUUAUAAUAUCCCCUUUAAUUUCAAAGUAAGUUAAGUUUAUUAGCAGAUAUUCUUAUACCAAGUGCAUUCAACUAGAACAGGUACCGGGGUCUGGACUAGUGGUAGUGUACUAUGCAUGGCAGUGGGGGUUUGAUCCCCGGGUCUGCCACUUGUAUGUCCUCUAUCUAUCUCAGAUGUAUCACAUCCCCUAUCCCAAUAAAUAUAAAAAUAAGAGAAAAAAACUAAAACUUAAGUAGGUAACACUACCACAUAAUGAUAAUUGAAAGUAAAACCAUGCCACUAUCAUCAAAAUCUGUGUUAGAAAGGGUAAAAAGUUAAAGUACAGUCAAUUUACCUGCUCUCUGUCCAGAGGCUGCUGCAGAUACAGACUACCACUAGUACGGUUGAUACUGAACACAUUGACUGACGUGUCCUCCAGAGUGUAGACGACGUCCCCGUUGGAUCCUGAGUCCACAUCCACUGCCUGUAUCACCAUGACAACAGUCUGGAGAGCAGUGUCUUCUGGGAUGGUGACACUACGGGCUGACGUAAAAGACGGCACGUUGUCGUUUAUAUCGUCUACAUUGACGACAACACGGGCUGUGGCAGUGAGGCGUCUAGAAAUGGACAGAGCACGAUCGGUAGCCUGGACUGUCAGAUGGUAGUCUGAGCUGCUCUCUCUGUCUAACACUAUGUUUAGGCAGAGAGCUCCGUCUGGGUUGAUCGAGAAUGUAGUGUCGCCAUCUCCAGUUGUUACUUCUAUGUUCACCUCUCCGUUCAUACCUGACGGACAACAUCAAGGAGGAUUAUUCAAUACAAAGGAUAGGGUCUCUGAAAGAUACAUAAUCUAUGAUAUCAUGUAGUCUACCAAUAAAAUGGACAGAUGGAUAACUAUCGUAGUUUGAAUACAAAUGUGCCAGACAAUCAUAGUCAGACUACAUACAGUGCAUUCGGAAAGUAUUCAGACCCCUUGACUUUUUCCACAUUUUGUUACGUUACAGCCUUAUUCUAAAAUGUAUUAAAUCGAUUUUUUUCCUCAUCAAUCUACACACAUUACUCCAUAAUGACAAAGCAAAAACUGUUUUUUGAAAUGUUUGUAAAUGUAUUAAAAAAUAAACUGAAAUAUCACAUUUACAUAAGUAUUCAGACCCUUUACUCAGUACUUUGUUGAAGCACCUUUGGCAGUGAUUACAGCCUCGAGUCUUCUUGGGUAUGACGCAACAAGCUUGGCACACCUGUAUUUGGGGAGUUUCUCCCAUUCUUCUCUGCAGAUCCUCUCAAGCUCUGUCAGGUUGGAUGGGGAGCGUCGCUGCACAGCUAUGGUUUGUCGAGAUCGGUUUGUCGACAUCGGUGUGGAAGAACUUGACAUGCCUGCAUAGAGCCCUGACCUCAACCCCAUCGAACACCUUUGGGAUGAAUUGGAACACCGACUGUGAGCCAGGCCUAAUCGCCCAACAUCAGUGCCCGACCUCACUAAUGCUCUUGUGGCUGAAUGGAAGCAAGUCCCCGCAGCAAUGUUCCAACAUCUAGUGGAAAGCCUUCCAAGAAGAGUGGAGGCCAUUAUAGCAGCAAAGGGGGGACCAACUCCAUAUUAAUGGCCAUGAUUUUGGAAUGAGAUGUUCGACAAGCAGGAGUCCACAUACUUUUGAUCAUGUAGUGUACCUGUUGGUAUACGGGUCUCACCUGCACUGCAGCUGUGACAAAGCCUGGCUGGACAACUGGGUCACGGGACAGAGACAUGUCCAGGUCAUUUUAUGGAAUGACGGGGAACCGGAGAUGACAUGUAAACAAUAAAAUGGCUUCCCCAGGUACUUGGAGACCAACUGUUCCCUGGACGUGGGCUUUGUCCUGUUCCUCUGCUUCUCCCUGGGCCUGCUCCUCUUCAUGCUGGCGGUGCUGUUCCGUCAGCUGGCCUUCUGCCACAUCCUCCGUGGCUAG